AUGGAUAUGGUUAGGGUGAAAAUCGGAAUGGAUUAUGUUGUUGCAAACCAGUCGGGUAGCGUUUGGGUGCUUUAUAAAUCAUCAUUUAGCUGUCACCCACUGGGGGAGUCAGACCAGCAUAUCACGCUAGGCAUUGAUUCCCACCUUUUUCCUGAGGAGAUAAAUUUCUCGUUUGUUCAUGCGAAGUGCACUGCCCAUGAACGGGGAGAUUUAUGGGUGGAUUUGCUACUCGAGAAGCCAGAAGGCAAACCGUGGUUUCUAGUGGGAGAUUUCAAUGUUAUCUUGAAUGCAGAAGAAAAACGAGGCGGUUUACCUUUUAGGCACUCCGAAGGGAUGAAGUUGGUGCAGUUUAUGUCUCUGGCAGAUGUUGGAGAUGCUGGCUUCUCGGCCUCCAAAUUUACAUGGUGUAAUAAUAGGCAAGGUUUGGCUAGAGUAUGGAAGCGCCUAGACCGUCUCUUGAUCAAUUCGGCUGCAAUGUUAAUGGAGAAUAAUAUUCUGGUGCAAUACUUGGGGAGAGAUCUGUCUGAUCAUGCCCCGCUCCUGUUAUCGGCGGCAACAAGGUUGGAUGGCAAGCCUUUGCCUUUUCGGUUCUUGAAUCUCUGGACAAAAAACCCGAGUUUCCUGGAACUGGUCAAGGGGAGUUGGGAUGCUACCUCCGCUGGGUCGCCUCUCAGAGUUCUGUCAGAUAAGAUGCGAAAGGUGAAACACGCACUCCAGCAGUGGUCUAGGAGCGAGUUUGGGGACAUUUUUUUGGCAAGCCGUACGGCAGAGCAAAGGGUAUUGGAAGCUGAGAUAGUUCAUGAUAACCAACCAUCGGACGGGUUGCUUUUGAAUUUACAAGAAGAGCGUGCGAAAUUGAGACGGGUCGUGGUGGUUGAAGAAGAGUUCUGGAGGCAGAAAGCUCAAGGUAAAUGGCUCUCAGACAGGGACAAGAAUACGGCAUUUUUCCACGUUGUUGUGAUGGAGAGGAGGAGGAAGUCGAUUAUACAUAGGAUUUGGAAGACCAAUGGGGAGUGGGUGGAAGACGAAACAAGCAUUUGUGCUGAAGCAGUUUCUUUCUUUUAG